AUGGAAGCGCUCACAUGUCAAUUAGUUCUUGAACCGUACACGUUAAAACUGUUUGUCCACAAUUCACUCAAAAUGACUGAGCAACAAGAAGCGUCAAUGGACACAAAUAACGCUGAACCCGACAUACUACAACAUCUAACAAACUACUUUGACCGUAAAUUCCAAGAACAGAACGAAAAUCUAGAACAGAGGCUUACCACUGGAUCGAAAAAACUUGGAAAAACGUCUUCUGGAGCAGCACAAGAUCACGAUUUAAUUCAAAGUCUAGAAAUAAUAAAACAACUAGUAAAAGAUGGUUUGAUAACAAGAUCUUCCAAAAAGAUUGAUAAUGUCACAGAUGAUCUCCACAAGCGAAACAAAUGUAUCCGUUUCGCAGAUAAAUCUCCGGCUGGAUGGGCUGCUGUCGACGAAUACUUAUCCGACGAUCUUGCCAGCGAUUCAGAGGAUGACAAAAAGAUGAAGGCUGCGGAAAACCGGGCUCUGAACAAGAAAAAGGCGACCAAGAGAAAGUCAACCUUCGAGCAUGUUCCACGUCGGCCCCCAUACCAGUCUUCCUCAUUCACACACCCUUCGCAGCAUCAAAAUUUUAUCCCCUUUGGCUCACAAUCUGCACCUCCGGGGAGGCCUAUCUUCGGGCUAUCUCAACAGCAACCAAGAUUCGCAAAUCAAUACCAGCGAAGUUACCAACAGCAACAACAGCGAUCUCUGUGUUUCGGAUGCGGAAAACAAGGACAUUGGUCUUAUUCGCGCCAAGCUAAUCCUCCACAUACCGUGAAGGGCAAUCUCAGGUGGCGUCUACCUUACUGGGAGAACAUAGGCACUAAUAAAACUAUUUUAGAACUUAUAAAAUACGGAUACAAAAUUCCCUUUUUCACCACCCCUAAAAAGGCUUCUUUCAAAAACAACUGUUCGGCUCUUGACAAUGAAGAUUUUGUAAAUAAGGAAUUACACGAGUUACUUAAAACCGGAAGAAUAAAAGAGAUGGCUACCGAGCCACACGUGGUUAAUCCACUGAGCGUUAGUUCGUCCAAAAAUAAGAAGAGGCUUAUUCUUUACCUGAGACAUGUAAACAAACACGUGUACAAACAAAAAACCACAUUCGAUGAUUGGAAGAUUUUCGGAGAAUUUGUUGAGGAAAAUGGUUUCAUGUUUAAAUUUGACAUAAAACAAGGCUAUCAUCACAUAGAAAUUGCUCCAGAGCAUCAAAAAUAUUUAGGAUUUUCUUGGGUAACAAAUGGCGAAAAAAGGUAUUUUGUUUUUACAGUCCUACCGUUUGGUCUCUCUUCUGCCCCCUUUAUUUUCACAAAAACAAUGCGAGUCCUCGUAAAACACUGGCGAGAACAUGCUAUAAAAUUUGCAUGUUUUAUUGAUGACGGCGCUGGCACAAGCAAUACAUAUGAAUCGACUCUGAGGGCGUCAAACUUCGUCCGAGACUCGCUUAAGAAAUCUGGGUUUGUCGCAAACAACGACAAAUCUCUGUGGAGUCCCACUCAAAACAUGACAUGGGUCGGCAUUAAUCUAGAUCUGAAGAAAAAACUUUUUUCUAUACCUUCCCAGCGAUUAAUUUCUACUCUUUCGAGUUUACAAUUCAUUCUUGAUUCCCUACCGUACACGUCAGCACGAAAAUUAGCAAAAUUCUGCGGAAAAAUCAUAUCUAUGAAAUUUGUUAUAAGCAAUUUGGCCCAACUGAAAAUUAGACGAGUUUAUUAUCUUAUUGAAUCGCGAAUAUCAUGGGACUCCCGAAUGAACAUGUCACACGCUUCAGAUGCUGUGAAAGAACUGUUCUUUCGGAAGAACAAUCUACUAAAACACACUGAGAGACCAAUGACACGGGGAAAUACUCCCUGGUUAAUCGUUUGUUCUGAUGCGAGCGAUACAGGGCUGGGUGCACACACGUGGCACAAGAAUGGAAUGCAUAUUUCUAUUAAGAAUUUCACACUAACGGAAAGCCUAAUGCACUCCACGUGGAGAGAGCUAUACGCUAUAAAAUAUUCGCUACAAUCAUUAAAAUCAGUUUUAUGCAACAGGGCAGUACUUUGGAAGACAGAUAAUUACGCGAGCCAUUGUAUAAUAAAAAGAGGCAGCUCAAAGGAAAACUUACAGAUAUUGGCAGAAAAUAUUUUUGAUAUUUGUAAGAAACAAAAAAUAGAUUUAAAUGUCGAAUGGGUCCCAAGAAACCAAAUUCAAUACGCUGAUAAAUUAAGUCGUUAUACGGACACGGACAAUUGGGAAAUCACAAAAAGCUUUUUCGAAUACCUAAACAGGCUCUGGGGUCCAUUCACCGUAGAUAGGUUUGCUAAUGACGAAAACAAAAAGGUGGGCAGGUUCAACUCAAAAUAUUAUUGUCCGGAAACUGAAUGCGUAAACGCCUUUAAUACCUCGUGGGAAAACGAAAAUAAUUUACUCGUGCCCCCAAUUCAAACAAUAUCAAAGGUUUUAAAACACAUGCAGACCUGUAAAGCCUCGGGCACACUGGUGGCCCCAUACUGGCCUUCGGCAGCGUUUUGGCCAUUUUUAACUGAUUCAACAGGUGACUUCCAAAAAUUUAUUAAAAACUUCAGAAUCUUUGACAAUCCCAAUUUAUGCGUUACUCAAGGAGAGUGCAAAAAAUCCGCCAUAGGUUCAAAGCAUUUUAAAAGCAAAAUAAUAGCUUUCAAACUGCAAUUUACAUAA